AGGUGGCGCUGUGUAUGUAAUCUUCCCGACUUGUUUGUAGGGUGGUCCGAAGCAUGUUGGUACCUUUGUUCGUUAAUGACUUCUUUGUAAGUAAAACAAUUUAUGGUAUUCGCUAUUUUUUACUGGAACGGAAAGGCUUAAAUACUUCAAUCACCUAAUUUAAGUCAUUUGCUACAUUAAACUGUUUGAUGACACACAAUACCUAAAUUAUAGACGUGAUCGUGUGUUCAAAUUCAGCCUAUCGGAAUGCUAAGUGUAAAACACAAGAAGUGUGGGUAAGAUUGCAGAUGCGAAUAACACUGUUGGGACCUCACCGGAACUGUAGAGCAUGCCCAUAAGUGCAAAAAAGUCAAAGGGACCAUACCUCUAAAUAUGAUCCUUCGCGAGAUACACCCCCUCAAAAUUAGCCUAAAGCCUACUUCCAGGUGCUAAAGGGAAUCACGCCGAGCUUAUCUCGUGUUUAGCAGUCAAUACAGCACUAUGAUAAGACAUCCUAACAAUAUUUAUAGGCAAAUAACAAAGUAAAGACUGAUAGUGAGAUAUUCGCCUCCGAACGUGGUGGAAUCUUAUGGCGGCACUUCCGGUCGCCAUCUUGCUUGCGGACGUCACUCUUGCAAAUAAGUAAGGCUUCGUUCUGCCGACGACAACGAGAAAAAUCGAUGAUUUUAUCGUUCCUCUUUCUCUGUAAAACGUUCACACAGUCGUUAUUGUUGGUCUUUCGUCUUUCCAAACGGGACAUUCCAGUUUUCAACGCUGAUCUCAACGUUCGUUAAAAAUCGUUCCUGUUUUCAAUGUUGAAGUGGCGCUGUUGUCAGCGUUGUCUCAACACACUUGGCACUCAACAUACAUGUCGAUUGCUACGUUCCAAUGAAUUGUGGGUAAUUGGUGCGACAUUUGAAUGGAAUCCACCUUGCUGAGAAUGGAAUUAUGGGAACUAAGCACUUAGUACUAAGGCGCUAGAUAACCCAGGUAUGCUCAUCCGUCAUGUUGGUCCUUAGAAAGCAGACGACUCUCGUAGAAGUUCAAUAGAAGAGACACGAAAAUAAUCAUAAAUUCAACUGUAUCUUAAGAUUUUGCAAGGUCGAAAUGAUAAACUUUGCCAAAAUUUAGUUCAACUAGUUAUAAAAUACAGCUAAAUUUAAAAAUCUUGGAAUAUGACGUCAAAAGGACCAAUAUGGCUGCACACGUGACGGAAGCGUAUGAGCAUACCUGGGUAAUCUAGCGCCUUACUUAGUACUAGAGUGGGAACGUCGUUGGUGACGUCAAAUUGUUGACUUCGACACUCAAUAAUCGCAUUGAAAAUCGGAAUGUCCCGAAAGCUAGCCAAGAUUCAAAAUUUGUCAUCCUCGUUAUGAAUUGACCAAUCAACGCAAACUUCCCACAAUUCUUUGAACAAGAUGGAGGAACCAAAGAAAAAGGUUCUACGAAGCUUAAUAAAUACUCAAGUAUUUGGAGACAUAAAAAAAUUUAUCACUUUUUCUCUCAGUACGAAUGGCUAUGAUUAUCGUUGACGUUUGGAUAUUUUCCUUUAACAAAAGUAAUAAAUACCUCUGUUGGAGUUGAAGAAUUUACGUAUCUAAUUUUAAAACAGACGAGUCCAGUCUAGAAGCAUACAAAGCCACAGAAUGACAUUAAGCCUAAUGUACGUUGUGCAUGGUUUAUGACGAAAACUAAUGAACAAUGUGAAAGCUAUGAAAAUGACAAAAGACAAUUUGUCUUCUGCAAUACAUUUCUAGUCUAGUCUUGUCUUCAAUUAUAAUAGCACUAUAACGGCUUUUUCUUUUUUGCUAGCAAAUAAGUCUAGCAAAAAAGGAAAAGCCGUUUUUCGUUAUAGUUUGGGAUCUGUGGUUGUUGUUGUCGGUAGUGUGAAUGCAGCUUUAUGUUAUAGGUACUGUGAUCAAUGCCUGUAAAAAGUAAUAAAUGCAUUAACUUCUACUGGCCAAUAACAGUUUUUAUCUUGAACCAGUAUUACUACCAAUUCUCCAUUCUCCAUGUCAUCAAGGUGAGUGAUAGCAAGCCUUGACUGAUGCUCUAUGUGUAGGUGUGUACUUCAGUGUGAGUGAUAGUGAGCACCUUGGUGCCAGGAUGGAGCGAGCCCUCACAUUUUCUAAAAUUAUAAGAUUAAAUACUCCACAGACAGUCAACUGGACUACUCAAAGCUGGCAUAGUCAUGUGGGCUAAAUAGUUAAAUGUGAGUCUUAAUGGGGUGCGUGGCACAGCUUGUGAUUACAUGCAGUUGAUUUCAGGGGACUAUAUCUUGCAAUUGGUCACAUGUAGAGGUUUCUUUGACUUUUUUGCUCCUAUGGACAUGCUAUACAGCUCUGUUAAGGUCUCAACAUCAUUGUUCCUGUCUGCAAUUGUACCAAGGUGUGUCUAUGUAACAUGAAGCAUAUUUUUUAACUUAAUAUAUGAAACUAUGCUUCUCAGAAAUGUUAUGAAAUAGAUAUUGAUACCAAUAAUAAACGAGCAACAGAUAAAUCAAAUGGAGAAUAACAAACUUCACUUGUUACUAUGUAAACUGAAGGAGGAUUAUAUUACUGUGCUGGAGAAAAACAAAACAUUGCAGUAAAUAAUGGACCUUUCUCUUGUAGUUAUAUUACAUCAGAUAAUAGGCUGAAGAUAUAUACAGAAAGCUGAAAACAAUAAAAGUGUUCCAUCAAAUUUUUCUCCUCCCACCAAACCCAGAAAAUGAAUCUAAUUCAAACUAAAUAAUGAGGACAUUCAGAAGAAAUUCACAAUGAAACCAGAUUUACAGACUAAAGAAUGCUUUAUGCAGUAAAGAUACAUCUGACAACUUGAAAGCUGUAUGUUUCUGAAUAACAAAAAGAAUGAGUUAGAUCAAUGAAUGAUGCCAGUUUGUGAAGUAUCAGAAAUAAUUUCCAAAUCUGGAAAUAAUUAACUCUAUAAAACAUUUCAUUCCAGAAAACGUCAACCUCUCUUGAUAAAUAAUGUCAGUAAAAAAUUCUCAGUUUGAGUGUUUAACAUUUUUGGUCCAAAAUAAAGGAAUAAAAUAACUGUUAAGUGGAUAAAUCUGAAUUCAUUUCCACUUAUUGAUAAGCAGAAAAAGUUUGAAAAUAGUUGGAUUUCUUAUGUCAGUCCGGAUAUCAGAUGUAUGAUAAACAAACAAAAACAUUACAUGGGCUUAAAAUCCAGUGUUGGAUUUCCUAUCAGUAAUCCAAUGCUAUAAAUGUAGAAAAUUUUGUCGUUUUACCAAAAAUGUACCCCAACAAAACCUGGCUGCAUUCACUGUGCAGAUAAAACAUAUUACUAUAAACAUUGCAUAAGGAAAAAUGAUCAUACAGUUAUAACAUGUAUUAACUGUCUUAGAUGAAUCAUGAAUCAUAAAUGGAAAGAAGACAACAUCCAAAUAAAUCACCGUGAAAAGAAUCAAAACUCUGUAUUCCAGAAUUAAAACAAAACUUAUCACAUUAAUCGAUUUAUGACACACAUAAUAUCACCAGUCUAUUGGUCCUACAAGUAAAUAUGCAACAUGCUAAGACUUCCAUAUACAGUCUUGUACAACUUGUGUAUAAAACCAAAGUGGUUAUUCUACUACUACUCUUCUACUCUAAGAGAGCUCUGUGGUUUGGGAAUGAUAUUAUAGUAAAAUUUACAGUUUUAUGCCUGAAUUUUUGGCCACACAAACCUUACGAUGAUUGUAUUCUACAAAUCAUAGGGAUAUUGGCACUAUAUAUUUGGUUUUGGGGAUUUUGGCUUCUUCCUUGAUUCUACACCUUGUAGGAUAAAAUAGUUGGCUUCAUCCAAUACUGGAAAAUCUUUUGUGCAAAUUAUAGAAUUUUCUUGGCAUGUGUAAUUCUAUGUUUACAUAUCACUAUAAUGGCAGUGCCUUUUGUUGCACUGAAUAACUGAUGUGAAAUAAUCAUAGUUUAAUUUGACUCCAAAAUAUUCAUUUCCUCAGCAUACUGCACUCACUCUCCCAUUUAUUCAUAUCAUUAAUACAAUAUUUGCUAUCCUAGAUAGUAAAAAGCUAAUAAUAAGUACUGAUUCUAACUUCAGCAGCAUAAAAUAUGACAGACAAUAAAACGAGAGGGGCAGUAGAUUUUGUACAUUUAUGUAUUAGAAUGUAUAUAGCAUAAUUUGAAUCUGGCCCAUCUUUUCAUUCCAUGCAAGGAGAAAGUUGAUGUAAUGCUUGAUGGGGUCAAUGGUAAUGCAUUAAUUGACAACUGCAGUCAUGUUAGUAAGAAAUUUGCUCUGAUCACAGUACUUUCUUUUUUGAUAUUACUCUUCCUGGUAAACAUCUGAUUGACCACACCUCAGACUACAAAAAGACAAACUGAAACGUCUUCAAAGACUGUCGCUCUGAGGAACUCUGAUCUUUAAAACUUAACAUUUUUACAAUCCAUAUGCCAUAGAUAUUUAUAAUUGAAAAAGAUCCUAAAAGCCACAGCAGAUGAAGCCAUUCUGGCAAAACUGACUGGCAUUAAAAUGUAUUCCUGGCAGAUACUAGAACUAACCUCUAUAAGAAAACAUCAACAGUUUGAGAAGAUGCUAACAACUGCAGAACAACCUAGACUUAUUCUGCUCUUCCAGACAAAAUAUAAGACUGCCAUAAAGACCAAAAACAAACAGUUAGUGCAAGCCUAAACCACAUCUGGAAGAAGUACUGUUCCAAUACCUGUGAGAAUACUCUAUAAAAUCUUAGCAAGAAAUACAUCACUACAGCCCCAUCAACAACUACGAAACCAACAUUACAUCCCCUUCAGAUUCCAUUGAUUUCAAUGCCUGUUACAUUAAUAUCUCAGGAAAAUGUGGACACAUAUAAUAUACCUUCAGAAAUCUCUGAAAAAUGAAUAAAUUAAGAUCUGCUACCUGCUAGUGUUUUUCUAGUUAUCACAAAAGUUGAACUGCAUGAAAAUAUAUACUCUGCACAAAGCCCUAGUAUUAGAGAGACUAAACAUCAUCCUCCUGCAAAUAACUUAUAAAAUAGAAAUUACCUUCUAAAGAUAUGUAACACCUGUUGAAAGUUUCCUAUUUUCCUGAAUGCUAGAAGGUAACCAAAGUCAUUCCACUUAAGAUGGAAACCAAUCCAACAAAUUCCAUUAAAUCAGCCUUCUUCCAGUUUUGGUAAAGUUCUAAAACAAGUUACCUGAAGGCUUAAUUGGAGUAUUCACAGAUUGAGCUGGAUCUCAACUAACUAAUUUGUUUCUAUUCAAAAUAAAUCAGCAGAGGAGCAAUAUUCAGAAACUUUAUUGAAGUUAACUUUGAAGAAAAUCUUUUCACUCCAGCAAUUUUCUUGGAUUUUAAAAGUGCCAUUGACAAUGAGAACUGGCUUUGGACAAGUAAAGGAACAUAAGUAUCUAGGUAUCUCCUUUUAUACAAAACUGAAUUUCAGUUUAUGCAUUGACUAUAUCUUGGGUGAAGCCAAAUUAAUUAGCAAUAAGCUAUCAAGAUGUCUACAAACAGCCAUGCAACCAAUGGUCUUGUUCUGUAUCAUCUUGGAAUGAGUCUUUGACCAAAAACGUAUAUCACAAAAUUUCUUGAGAUUUAAAUACAGGAGGAUUUGCACAAGCUACACAUCAUCUACUGAUGUUCUCUUAGUUGUAGCUAAUUGAUUCCAUGAUCAAUAUUUUCAAGUCAUCUUAACAUACUAUCAGAAAAAGUUGUAUUAACGAAAAUAGUGCAGACUACUUCAAUAGAUCUACUUCCCUCAAUGAUAUAAUAUCCAGUGCAACUAAUUUAACAUACUCCUGAAGGACAAGUAUUUUCCUGGAUAAAACCUCUACUGCAAAUAGUGAUAACUUCAUCUGUACUGAUGUCUGUAAACAGAAGAAUCUCACUGGUUUACUUUUUAUUCAUUAUCAUUUUUUUUAAUCUCUUCAAAAUGUAUAUAACUUUCCUAUUCAUCUUUAUAAAUAUUUUCUAAAUGACCUUGAAACUGUUCAAUAUUAACUUUCUCUAUUUUUACUAAAAUUCUAAUUAUCAACUUUCAAGAUACCUAUUUUCAAUUUUAUAAUCAAGUUCGAAUUAAACAAUAUAUAAGCUUUAGCAUUUGCUCAGUUUCUCACUCUUUUGAUAUUAUUUCCUCUAUCAAGAACAGUUAAGCAACAUGUCUGUUGAAGGUAAGUAUUUUAUUGUUAAAAUUUAAUAUUUUUGUUGUUUUAAUUUUAGGAUUUUUUUUAUUUGAAUAUAAAAAAGAACGUUAAGAGAAGAGGAUACACACCAAAAAGUAACAAGAAAAAUGAAUUUAAAAAAAUCAAACCACGAAUUACAUUCAACUUUAGAUAAAAACUCAUAUAUAUAUAGUUAAAAUCAAUGGUGAUCAAAUUAUGAAGGGAUGGAGUUUGAAAGUAAUGUGCCUCUCUGACAAGAUUGAAAGGAACCUAUCCUUUGAAUAAAUACAGCAUUAAUGUAAAAGAAUUUAAAUAUUUUAAAAAAGAGUAUAUCUCCCAAUAUGAUCCAUGAAUGCAUUGAAUGCAAUGGAAGAACAUUUGGAUGGACACAUGAAUAUUUAAUUUCACUUUACUGGAUAAUUUGUGUAAGAUUUUUUUUACAUUUAUAUUACAGAAAAAGCUUUUAAAAGUUAUAUUAAAACUUUGAGCUUUAAUUACAGAUUAUAUGUGAUGAACACAUGCUGUUUGUUAGCCAACAUGGUUGCCUUUGUUCUUUUUGAUUGUUAGAUAAUUUAUUUGUAUAGUGUAUAAAUAUAUUUGGAGAUCAUAACUGUUGUUUGACAAAUUAAAGAAAGCGUAAUUAUGCCCUAAAUGCCACCAAUUUGUAUCCGAUCGGGUCGCACGAGUUCGCCGGUAUAUAUGCCAGCCUAUAUACCGCAAGGAGUCAGACUUCCCAACGUAUAUACCGGCGGACUCAUGCGACCCGAUCGGAUACAAAGAGUAAUUAUUUUUUAUAAAACCAAUAAGGUCAAUAUUAUAAACAAAAUAAUGAUGUGAUAAGUCCUUUGUGGUUCCAAAACUUAGCACUCGUUCAAUUAUUGAAUAGCAAGAUUUUUUCUUCUAUUCAUGCAGAGUAUAUCUCUCAAUAUGAUCCAUGAAAAAUUAAGAAAUAUGUUUGAUAUAAUUUUAGAGUUUAUUGAUCAGUAUAUAAAAUAGAAAUCUGGAUGAUUAAUUAUGGUAUAAUUUUAGAGAUUAUAUUUUAGAUGUUUAUUCAGGAAUAUAUAAAAAUGAAACUAGUGGUUGUGGUGGUAUUAUUAUUCUAAAACAUGUAAUUAAGUUAAUAAGCAUUGUUUAUUAAAAAUACUAUUUACAAACUAUAGUAAACUAAAAAAAUUAUCUUCAUAUCUUGUUCUUGUCGACAGCUCGAACACAACAGGAAUUUUUUUAACAUUUUUGCGUAUUCAAGCAAUAAACGUUGGCUCCCAUAAAGACUGCUUCUUUUUUUAGUUUCUUUUAGUUUGUGAAUAUGCUUUAAUAUUUAUUACUGUUCCAGCUGUUCCAUUUAUUACUAUAUUUUUAUUGUGAUAAAUAUUGUUUCCUAUUUUGUGUGUUCAUCUCAACACUAAGAACAAAAGUUUAAUUUAUUGUCUUAAAAGUAUUUUAAUAUAUAUUCUUUAAACUUUCCUGUUAAUGUUUAAAAAUUAACUGUUUAAUAAUUGAUGUAUUCGGAUAUGUAAAAUUGUUACUCAUUUGCAUAAGUAAAUAUAAGUUUUGAAAUGAAAUUACUUUAUUACUAUGUAAAUUAUAUUAUUUCUUAAUUAGAAAUUUUGACUAAUUGUUAGAAAAAUCUGUAAAAAAUAGUUUUUUAAAGUCAAAAUAUAUUGAGAGAAUAUCUAAAAUCAUUCAAUCAUGUACAGUACUCCAAGUAGUGGAGAAGCAAUUGCCGAAUUUCAUUUUAAUUAAAAUUCAUUAUUUUAUCUAUUAGAAUAAUAGAUCAUGGCUGUUAAUAGAUAACCCUUUAUAUCCAGAAACUGAUGAUGAAAAUUAGUCGAAUAAUUAUAUUUUCAUAGAUGCAAAUAAUCUUUAUGGAUUUGUAAUGACUUCUUAUAAUUUAUAAACUAUUGUGAGAAUAGAUCAACAUUGUAGAUAUUUAUAUCAUAGGACUUUUCAAAUUAUAAAUCAUAACCUUAUAAUUUUUAAAACAAAAAAAAACUAACUAAUAUUUAGAUAAAUUUAUUUAUAUUUGCAUUUGUGUAUUAGAAUUAAGCAAAUUACAUACGUAUAAAAUAUAUUUUAGAAAAUAUUUAAAAAUAAGUAUAAUAAGAAUGUACAUUUAUUAUAAACAAGCACAGAUUCAUUAACACUUGUAAUUUACACAAAUUGUUUGAAGAUUGUAAAUCAUUUCCUAAUAUCUCUGAUUUUAGCAACUAUUCAUUGUAUAUGAAAAUGCUUUGUAACUAUAAUUCUUAUACUCAUUGCAAAAAAUAAACUAUAAAAAUUUUUACUUUACAUUGAAUUAGUGUUUAUGUAUAUAAUGGCAUAUACAUUAUUACUUUGCAACAUUUAUAGCAUCUGAUAUAUAAAGUUUUGUUUUUUUAUUUUUAGAUUGUUUCUGGAACACACUCCAUUUUCUUCUUUAGAUGACAUAGAUACUGGAAGAAAUGCUUUCCUCAACUGAUGUUUAUUUGGUGUAUUUGAAGAUAUCACUGGUUCUGUAUAGUUAUAUUUAAUUUUAAUUCAUGCUAAGAUGAUCAACAUUUCAUUACAAAUGCUAUACAGAUCAGUUGCAAGUCAUCAGCUGAAAUUAUGUUUUUGGCUUCAUCAGAUAUUUCACAACUUUUUAAUCUUAAAAAUAGAAGAAAUAGACAAUUUUCUGUAAUUUAAUGACAAAUUAUGUUAAUAAUAAAAUGUAAAUGAAUCUGUCAGAUGCAAUUUUUUUUCUGUGUAUAAAUAGAUAUUUUGUUGAAAAAAAUACGGAAAUUUAAAAUGUAUAAUUUUACGUGUUACAUCGUGCCACUUUCUAUUUUUUAAAUUGACAAUUCUGUUACAUAGAAGUCAUCCUUGAAGUAUUGAAUAGUUACAAUAAAAAUAUACUAUAUAAAGUAUAUUUUUAUUGUAACUAUUCAGUUGAGAUGAGUGAACACUUAGGAAGAAAUCAAAGGAAUUGAAAGUGUUAGUGUUUUCUUCAUGUGAAUUUCUUUCAUACUUAAAAACUUUUCUAAAAUUUAUGACAGAAUCCUGUUCUUUAACAUCUUUUAUACAGGUUUAAAAUUCACUGGUAUUUUCUUCUUGAAUUAAUUAACCUGCGUGUACUCGUUUCUAAAGAUGUCUAUGACUGUGGUGUGUUUUCAAGUCUUUACUUUAAACUUCAGAUACCAAAACAUUUGCUUGUUUCUGUUUCAUUGUUUUGAACUAUAACUGCCUAUAGGAAGAGAACUGUAGAAGAGAGAAGAGAGACAUUUUUGUUUCCAUUCUAUCAAUGUAUGAACUGGAUCCUCUACUGAAACAUCUGGAAACAGAAGAGGGAUAAACAGAUUAAGCUCUCUUCUAACAGUUUCAAUUGUUGUAAGACGAGGAUGAAAAAAAUUUCAUAAAAUGUUUGAGCACAUUUCAUUUCAAUGAAUUUCUUAUAUCUUGCAAAAUGCUGUUUCCAUUUUUAUUGUUACACAGUAUAUAUUUGUGUGUAGGACAAGAUGAAUAAAAGUGUAUGGAAUUCUCAUCCACAGAAACAGGUUAGUCUUUUCAACAUCUCUUUGACUGUCUUUUUGAUUUCAAUAAUCUGCAUGUUCAAUUGUUUAAAUUUAACAUAAUCAUUUAUAGUGUUGAUUGAAGAGGAAAACUUAUUGAUGAAUAUAUUGGGAAGAAAGAAGUAGGAAGAGGACUUCUGAAGAAGCAGAAGACAAGAUUUUUUCAGUUAUAUUUCAUUUUAUAUAAAAUGAAAUAUGUUAUUGAUGUAAGAAGUGUUGAGUCCUUGAUCUCUUGUCAUUGAUUCAAAUUUCUUAAAUUAGUCUACAGAAAAUGUAAGUAAAUUUUCUUUCUGCUUAUCUGAAUAUAUUUUUCAAGAAAUAUUUGAGUUUCAUAACAGAAUUAAAAAUUAUAUAAAGUUUAAAAUGUGAAAAUGGAAGGGAAUUAUCUUUAUAAUAUACACUGAUUUUAAAAAUUGUAGUUAAAACAAGUUUCAAUACCAUUGUAUCAAGUUUGUUAAUAUGUAUAAAGUUGAAAUUUUAUGGUGUUAGAUGUAUAAGAAAAGAAUUUCUACAAUUAUUAUUUUUAGUUUUUGAAAUUAAUUUUCUAGAAAAUAAUAUUUUACAUCAUUGUCAAUGUCAUGUUUUAUACAGAACUUUUUGUCAUUGCAGAUUCAUAAUCCACCAAUAAAGAGCAUUUGUGUUUAAUAAAUGAAAAAUUGUUUCAGGAAAAGUCAAGAAUUAAAGGAUGUGUUUAACUUCUUUUGUUUACAGAAGACUGAAAUUUUCUUAUAUCAUAAGAAAUGACAUAAGAAAGUUUGAAAGAAGAAAAUAUAUUUCAUGCAAAUGAAGAGAAAAACAAAAUUAAAUGAAGAUAUUUUAAAAAUCAUGCUUAAUUUAAAUUGUUUAAGAAAAAUAUUGUGAUAGAAUUUAUGAAUGUUGGUUUAUUUCUGAACACUUUGGUUCCACAAAUGAAAAGAACAGGAAAUAUCAAUGUGACACUUGCCAGAAAGAAUUUACAUCAAAAUAUUACUUAAAACAUCAUCAGAAGUAUCACACUGGAGAAGGUCUCUUGUGUUGCGAAUUCUGUGAUCGUCGAUUCAACACUUCUGGCAAUCUAAUCAAUCAUGUCAAGAUGCAUACUGGAGAGCGGUCCUUUAUCUGUCAAUAUUGCAAACAAUGUUUUGCAAGAAAAGAUAGUCUGAUAAAACAUCUUCGAACUCAUACAGGGCUGAAACCUUACACUUGUGAGCAUUGCGGACGAAGUUUUUCAGAAAGUGGAUCUCUUAGAAAUCAUGUUCGUACUCACACAGGGGAGAAGCCUUACACUUGUGAGUAUUGCAAACGAACUUUUAGACGAAAAACUACUCUAGUACAACAUCUUCGUCUUCACACUGGAGAGAAGCCGUACUCUUGCAACUAUUGUUCAAAAAAAUUCCAUUCUAAAGCUCCUUUAAAUCAUCAUAUUAUUACACAUCAUGAAAAUUAUUCAGUUACAUUGAAGCCAGCAUUCAAGUACAGAAAUGGUUUCACCAAUCGUAAGAGAAAGGGAGGGAAAUAUCAAUGUGAAACUUGCAACAAACAAUUUAUUUCGAAGUAUGGAUUUAAAUAUCACCAAAGAAUUCACACUGGAGAAGGGCUGUUGAAUUGUGAAUUCUGUAAUCGUCAGUUCAACCAUACCAGCAGCUUACGUAACCACGUCAAGACUCACACUGGAGAGAAAUCCUUCACCUGUGAUCGGUGCAUGCAAAGUUUUACACGUAAAGAAUAUCUGAUAAAACAUCUUCGAACUCAUACAGGGGAAAAACCUUAUACUUGUGACCAUUGCAGUCGAAGUUUUUCAGAAAAAGGAACUCUGAGAAAACAUAUUCGAACUCACACAGGGGAGAAGCCAUUUACUUGUGACUAUUGCAAACAAAAUUUUACCCGAAAAUAUACUCUGGUAGAACAUCUUCGACUUCACACCGGAGAGAAGCCAUACUCGUGUGAUUAUUGCUUUAAAAGAUUCUGUUUUAAAUCUAAUUUAACUCAUCAUAUUAUUAAACAUCAUGAUGAUGAGAAUGUUGAAUAAAGAUAGCAAAAUGUGAAGUGACAAAAAUGGAUCAAAAUAUUAAGUCAUUUCUUUGGGGAAAACAUAUUUGAUGUUCGUAUUUAGAUUCUAUUGAAUAUAAAAACAGUAAAUGUUUAAAGUUUUAAUUUUCUUGAUUUGCAAUUUUUACAUUUUACAUAAAGUGUUGCUUCAAUGGACGUAAAUUGGAAAUAUUUUGUAGAAUUUUUUUUAAAUAAAUGGUAGUUUAAUUAAAAUGCUAAAAAUAUGUAAUAUCAGUGCUUGUGUGAUUUACUUUCAAAGAGUACUACACCUAUGUCCUCCCAACAAUUUUGAUGAAUUUUUGCACAAAGGUAGUGUUUGAUAUGAUGAUACAAUUAGGGUUGCCACCUUUUUAAAA